CCCUAGUAUACGUUACCAAUAGUCGCGAAGAAGCUGUCUGUAACAGCUUAUGAUUUAUGCAAUUUUUGAACAUAUUAAACAAGGAAAAGAUAAAUUAAGGUCACGAUAAAGCCUCUUUUUUCAAAUAGUGGCAAUCAGAAGUAACGGAUUCAAAUAAAAUAGUUGUAUUCUAUUAAUAAAAAAUCUUGAUAAUUAAGAUUGAAAACAUAAAAUAAAAAUUCGUAACGCAUGUCACGAAGCAAUAUUGGAGAACAAGAAUCAUGGCGCAAGCGAUGGUAAGCAUCAAAAAUGGAUCAAGCCUUCACAUGGUACCUUGUCAAGAAAAUUCCGACGAAGAUUUAUUCUUCAAAACUAUAGACGAAGCCACACAAAUCUGGCUGAAAACUUUGUGUCAUAUGUGGAAAUUAUGGAAAAAAUGUGAAGGAGUUAACAAAACAUUAUUUGAUUAUUUUGAUACCGCUCCAAAUCCUUAUUUAAGUACAUUGAGGAUUCUAGUAAAUAUACCAGAUUUUAAACAAGCAAAAGCAGGAUCGACUCUUUCCUUUACAGUUAUAGAAGAAUUUUCAAAUUGGUUAAUACUUCAAAAGGAUAACUAUAAAGAAUGUUUGGUUCCUGAUCUGAAGAUAGCAGCUUUUAAAUUACUCAAUCUUCAUAAAAAUAUGCAACUUGUUAAAAUGGUCUCAAAUAUAUAUGAAUUUAUUGAACAUAAAGAAUUGUUUUUACAAAUGAUUCAGAGUAUGAUCGAUAGGAAAAAGUAUAAAGAAGCGGCACAAUAUAUAACUAUGUUAAAGUUACAAUCAUGUUAUGCUGAUCCGGAAGUACUAUUACUGCCUCUUAUUUUACAAAAUAAGUUAGCAAUUGUAGAAGAUUUUUUAUUUGAAUAUCCAAAUAUACAGAAAAUAUUGAUAUCGUUUUUGGAUAAUUUAGUUGCCCUAGGAAAAAAUAUGGAUAAUAAAUUAGAUCAAUAUAUUCAAGAAAAUGAUAUACCUGAUGUAAAAAUUGAAACAAUACAAAUGCGACCACUAACAAAAUUAAUAGCGCGUUUUGUUAAGCUUUAUAAUAUUUCACCAGAAUUGUGUCCAAACUUAAAUCGAAGACGGAAUAAAGGUGCAUUACAAUUUCUCAUUCAUAAACGGUUCGAUGAUAAAAGCUUAAAUACUGAAAGUUGGAGAGAAAUGAUAAAGGAAGCAGUAGGAAAUGACGAAGAGUUGCAAUUAGAAUGUGUCAAAUUAUUAUCCUGGUUAGGUGAAAUUAAAGAAAGCUUAUACUGGGCUAAAACAUUUAAUAUUCCUAAAGUGAAAUGGUCAUGGGAUAUUUGUUUACACGCAAAUAACCAUUCUGAUGAUAUAAAUGAGGGUGCUUCUACUAGCAAAGAGGUAGAUUGCGAAGACAGUUCAGCAGUUUAUCAUACUUUAAAAUUACCUAGAGACGCAAUUAAACUUAUAGAUAAUCCAAGAAAGUUUCAAGAAUUUCUUAAUAAUGGUUUAAGAGGAAUUAAUAUUGUUGGUAUUGAUUCUGAGUGGAAACCAACUUUUGGUAUUAAAAAGACUCAAUUGGCUCUAAUACAAAUAGCAACAGAGAAAAAUGCAUAUAUAAUAGAUGUUAUUAGUAUAGGAAACAACCUUGAUCAACUUUGGACAGAAUUCAAUUUAUUGUUAUUCGAAAAUAAACAUAUCUUAAAACUUGGUUUUGGAAUAGCUAACGAUAUAUCAAUGAUACGCGAUUGUCUGCCAACUAUUUCAAGUAAAGUUAAUGGACAAGGUUAUCUAGAUAUAUUAUUUUUGUGGAGAAAGCUUGUAAAUAAAUACAAGUUCGAAUUUCCUUAUAAAGGUGAUGAAAAGUUUACGAGUGAAAGUUUAAGCAAGUUAGUAGAAGUAUGUCUUGGAGCAAAGUUGAAUAAAUCAGAUCAAUUUUCUAACUGGGAGCAACGGCCACUAAGGGAAAGUCAAAUAAUAUAUGCUGCAUUGGAUGCAUAUUGUCUCUUGGAAAUAUAUGAAACUUUGGCCGAAAAAUGUAUAAUAGAAGACAUACCAUUUCAUGAUAUUUGUACAGAGAUACAGCACAUUCCAAAUACAAAUUCCAAAAAAUCUCCUAAAAAAUGUUUAAAUAAAUUAAAACAAAAACUGGAAUCAGCUCCUCUCCCUAACAAAAAAGAAAAUUGUCAAAAUGAUGGUAAUUCUAAACAAUCUAAGAAAGUUCAACAAACGCAUCAUUAUGUUCCAAUACGUAGAAAUUUCAAUCUGCAAAAAAGUAAACGAAAACUACCUUUAAUAGUAUAUUCACAAGAUCAAUCUCUGGUAUAUCCACCAAAUCAAUCUAUCGUAAAUCCACAAAAUCCUAUAGCAGCACAUAACUGGCGCGUUGCAUGUGAUUCAAUGUUGGGUGGUUUAGUAAAAAAAUUACGUAUGUGUGGAUGUGAUUGUUUAUAUAAUGUAUUUGAUAAAGGGGGUAAACAAACUGCUACAUUAGCAGCGAAAGAAAAUAGAAUUUUACUAACACAAAGGCGCAAGCAAUAUUUACCAUUAGCGCAUUGUUAUAAAGUUAUUUCAACUAAACCUAAUGAGCAAUUGCGUGAAGUGUUAAACCAUUUUUCUGUGAUUGUUACACAAAGGGAUAUAUUCAGUCGAUGUCAAAUUUGCAAUUAUGAUGAAUUCGUUGAAGUUCCGAAAGCCUUGUUUCAAAAACUUGUUGAAAGUUAUAUGAAAAUAAUUAAGCAAGAAAAUCAUUGUGUCAACUUUGAUCAAUUUUUGCCUGCAAAUAAAAAGCAAGUACAUGAUAUUAACAAGACCGAUAAAGUUAGUGGUAAUGACAAAUAUAGUAAACAAAAUCGUGAGCGUAGAUGGAUUCUUAGUACAAAUACUAUAAAUAUGGAAACGUGUACAACCAGAUAUAAUAUUCGAGUACAAAUUAAUAAAUUUCCAUUCCAAAUACCGAGGAGUAUACAAUUAUUUUAUAUCUGUGAACAUUGUGGAAAUGUCUAUUGGAAUGGAACACAGUCAGAGCGAAAACUUAACUCCACUUUUAAAGACUUGAUUAUAAAGGAAUAAUAAGUAACAUACGUAUAUGUUUAAAUGUGAUAGACUCUCGAAGAAGAUAUACUUGAGGACUAAUAUGAAGCACAAAUCAAAAUUGUCCUUAUCGGUUAAUAACUUCGAGCCAACGAUAAGUAAUUGUUCCUAGUAUUUACAGCGCCAAUUGUAUAGACGCUUUACUGUCACUGGUACCCUGAUUCGAAUAUAUUGUUUAUAUAUGAACAAAGACAAAAAAUACUAUCAUAGUAUAUCGUUACCGUUCUUCCUCGCAUUUAUAAAAUACUUUGUCCCAUUUGCUUCUGAGCUCUAAAUAGAUUACUAGUCCAUUCACUGCCAAUUACGAGGUAUCUCAUAGGUUUUAUUUUUCUUCAAAUCAUUGUAAAUGCCGCUAAAAAACUAUAUCUUUAUUUUUAAAAAUUUCGUUGUUUUAUUUGAAGAAAAACUUUAGUUAGGACAAAGCAUGUUUUAUUUUCCUUACAGCGAAUGGACUAAUUCAUAAAUGGGAUAUACGGAUGUUAUUGCUUUAAUUAAUAUAAUAGAAUUAAGUUUUCAAGGGAUAACAUUUGCUGACAAUGCAUUAACAGCUAUAAAUUUUCGUACGUAUCGCUUGCAAACUGCGUGUAGAUUGUAUCCGGUUAUUACCGGAUAUUAUUAGUAACGGUCAACGUUUGCGAAUUAUUACAUUUAGCAGAGAUGCAAACGGGUUAAUAUGAAUAACAUAUUUUCAUUGAAUCUAUUUAUUUUCAUUCGAAAUGUAUAAUUAUACCUUCGUCUUUAAAGACCCUAGUUUUAUCAUUGAUGGUUAAUUAUUUACAGCAAUUGUGUAAACAUUGAAAAUAUGAAAUAUU